GAAAGCAGCAAGUUCGCCCGCGCUGCUCCAUUCUGCUCCGUUCGUUUCCCUCUGUCUGCCAGUGGCGCUGAACCGCUGCAGCACGCAGCCCGGACGUUGGGGGCUGGCAUACUGCGCGCGAGAGAGAGAACAGAAUGAGAGAAAAGGACCAGACCAGUCGAGCUUGUUGCAAAUCUGUUUCUCUUCGAAGCGGACGUGAACGGGACAGAGAGAAGAGAGGACGAGAGUGAGCAAGAUGAGGAAGGGAAGACUGAGUUUCAACUCGUAAAAGAAAGGGGAACAAAUGUGGGGGAAAAUACCUGUUAUAUCAAGGAAAGAAUUUACUUUAAUAUUACACCCAAGCCACAUCUGGAAAAAGUCGUUCCUCGGACGUUAUCUGCAAGGAGCAGCUCGAGAUCACUGGGGUUGGGGCCUGUUCCCGAGGGAGCCGUAUAUCUUCUGCCUCGGGCUCGUCAGAGUCGUGAAAGAAGAAAAAGGAUUCUGCUAGUCCAUGACUCCAGGUCAGGAGGUGUUGUGGAGAUGCAGCCCAAGAAGUAGGUUCUGGGUAUGAGAAGUCCCUGUUCUCUCCCUGUCUUCCCCAGAGAACCAGGAGAACACUGGGACUCUCAAACAGAGUGUGUGUUCAGUGUAUGUCCGGCCUUGUCCAGGUACCAUGGCUCUGGUUCAGACCCUGCCUGUGUCCACAACUGACCACCCCAAGCCUCCUACCAGCCUCGACAUCAUCUCCCUCUCCCCUGUGGUUGGAGGGCCCUGUGGCCCCGGAGCCACCAUGGGCUCCGUCAGCAGCCUCAUAUCUGGCCGGACCUAUCAGGAGCAGCGACACUGCCGGGCCGCCAGCGAGUUCAGCACUAAGACACGCCAUAACACCCCAACCACCAGCUGUUUCAGGCUCCAGGGUGAUAGCAACACCCUGCACAGCGCGAGCUCCCUGGAACAACUACUGGUCAUCAACAACCAGACCCAGAUCCAGAUCACACAGCUCCAGCCCCCGCCACUGCCCACCAAGAAGCAGCCCCGGGCAGGUAACUCUGCUGGUGGGGCAGGGUGUGCGGCUGGAGGUGGUGGUGGUGCAGGGAAUGGAAACUAUGGGUUUGUGACUGAGGUGGUGACUGUAGGAGACUGGAAUGAUAACCAUGUGGUGGUGGUCGGGAGUCCGUGUAGCGACUCGGAGGAGCAGAGGGAUAACCGAGGUCUCAACGGGAAUAUUGGCGGUCCGCCGCCCAAACUCAUCCCUGUGUCGGGAAAACUGGAGAAGAACAUGGAGAAGUUUCUGAUCCGUCCCACUGCGUUCAAACCAGUGGUCCCCAAGAACCGUCACUCGGUGCAGUACCUCUCCCCGAGGACAGGGGGCAGCCUCUCUGAGAGCCAGGGCAGCCUCAACCUCCUCCUGCCCCUACCUAUCAAUGGGAAUAACGGAAAUACUGUGGUCAACAGCCCGGGGAGCUACGGAAAUGUCGUAUCUCUGCUCUGCUCCUCCUCUUCCUCGGACAGCAAAAGGAACUCGUACAGCGGAGGACGCAACGCUCGCAGCAGCCAGUCCUGCUCCAUGUCAGACUCUGGCCGUAACUCCCUGUCCAGCCUCCCUACUCACAGCAGUACCGGCUACAGCUUGGCCCACAGCGAGGCCUCUGGGUCUGGAGGGUCAGGGGUGGGCCUGGAGCCUGGGGCUGGAAGAACUACUACUACGAACGGAGGAGGGUUGGUGACCCACGGAGUUCACAGUCACUCAACCUCCCACGGUCACUCUAACUCAGACAGCGGGCGUUCGUCAUCCAGUAAGAGCACGGGGUCGGGGUCGCUGAGCGGGCGCGGCCAGCCCCUGUCAGACAGUGGGUCGUGUGGGCACUCACCCCCGCCUCUGGAGGGGUACGAGGGGGUGAUGAGGGAGCUGGAGGAGAAGCUAAGGGAGAGGGAUUUGGAACUGCAGCAGCUCAGAGAGAACCUGGACGAGAACGAAGCCGCCAUCUGUCAGGUGUACGAGGAAAAGCAGCGUCGCUGUGAGAGGGAGCUGGAGGAAAUGAGACAGAGCUGCUCUUCCAAGAUGAAACAGGCUACACAGAAGGCCCAGAGAGUACAACAGGCCUUACAACUACAGGUGUUCCAGCUGCAGCAGGAGAAAAAGAAACUUCAGGAGGACUUCUCCUCUCUGCUACAGGACAGGGAGGUGCUGGAGAGGAGGUGUGCCUCCAUACAGAGAGAACAGAUCCAGUUGGGACCGCGCCUAGAGGAGACGAAGUGGGAGGUGUGUCAGAAGUCAGGUGAGAUAUCCCUGUUGAAACAGCAACUGAAGGAGAUCCAGUCAGAGCUGAGCCAGAAGGGUGGGGAGCUGGUGGUCCUGAAGUCCCAGCUGAGGGAGGCCAGGACCGACCUCCAAAACAGCCAGGCCAGGAGCCAGGAGGCUGGUUCGGGCCUGCGGACACGCUCUCUGGAGCUAGAGGUCUGCGAGAAUGAGCUCCAGCGCAGGAAGAGCGAGGCUGAGCUUCUCCGCGAGAAAGUCAUACGCUUGGAAGAAGAGUCGGCCCAGCUUCGAGGUGCCCUGGCCAAUCAGGGAGGAGGCCAGACGCCGGCUAAUAAGGGCCAGUGCAUGAGCCUGCCCCUCCCCCAGGGCCGUGUGGGUGUGGAGGGUGGAAAGGGGGGCCCCAGCCCCUCUAUGGGGUACCGUGAGGCGGAGGAGGGCAGGCUGGUAUGGGGAGGGGAGAGUGAUGAGGCCAAGACUCAGAGGCAGAGUGCUGAAGCUGUGCUUGGACUCAGGCAACAGGUGGAGAGGCUGAGGGCAGAGCUGAUGUACGAGAGGAGGAGCAGUGAGGAGCAGCUGGGAGGAUUCGAGGAGGAGAGGAGAGUCUGGCAGGAGGAGAAGGAAAAGGUGAUCCGCUACCAGAAGCAGCUGCAGCAGAACUACAUCCAGAUGUACAGGAGGAACAGAGAUCUGGAGAGGGUGAUGAGAGAGCUCAGUCUAGAGCUGGAGAACAGAGACAUAGAGGACUAUGACAUCCACAGCGGCAGCAACGACAUCCACUUUGAGGAGAUGACCGCUACUGAGAUCUAGAGGGGACAACAACAGGGGUGUCCUCUCGCCCCAUUGAGAUUUAGAGACCAGACAGGGACGUUGUCUAACCCCAGUGAUAUCAAAAUCAAAUUGUAUUGGUCACAUACAUAUGUUUAGCAGAUGUUCAAUGGUUGUGUUUCUAGCUCCAACAGUAGCAUCUCCUGAUAUUUAGAGACAAGGGUGUCCUCUCGCCCCCAUGACUAUUAAUACCAGCACCCUGAAAUGAUCUGAUUUCCCAAUCACUGCUACUGAGAGGGAUGCGUCCAAAACCAAACCCUAUUUCCUAUGUAGUGCACUACCUUUGGCUAGAGAACAGGGUGACAUUUGAAAUGUGCAUCUAGGAUACCGAGGGUAUAUCUGAACUUAUUCCCCUAACCACAGUACAAGCACUCUUUACUUCCCUAUGGACCGUUUGCUGUCAUGGACAUUAAGGGAGCAUCUCUGUUUAAGGGUGGAUCCGCUCCACUAGACAUUGGGUUGCACCCUCCUCCUGGACCACACAGGAACAGCUGACUACCUGCAGUCAGAAAAGACUCCAUCUCAUCUUUAUUCAGACUUAAAAGAGAGGUUAGUGUGUAUCUCAAUAGUUGAGAGUGUCGUCCUCUCCAGAGUAAGAUUCACCCUCAGACCAACACAUGCUCCUUGCCUCCUCACAUGGGUUUGAUUGCCCAGCUAUUGUACCAGCACUCUUUGGGACGUAUAUUAUGACUUUUGACUUGAGAAACAAGCAGGUACCACUCAAACCUCGCUCAAAUCAGUGUAUUGAAAGCAAAGGGGAGAAUCGAGUCGAGUAUAAUCACAUCUGUAUGGAGCACACAGGUGUGACUACCUGACCACCAGCACAUAAGGAUGACAUUACUAUAACGAUGACAUCAUCACCACUCAACUGUGUUUUCGUUCGUCCACAGGACUUUGUGCACCUUUGCACUUAAAGCAAUGAUGUAAUAACACAAUUUGUGCUGUCAAUGUUAUAUAUACAGUGUUCAGUGGAUCAGCAACUCAUCUAGAAGUAGUACGGAAAGGACAAGAAAUAAUCCACUGGCCAGGAAAUAUGGAUUUAUAUUCAGUGGAAUUGGACUAUGUAGUAUUUUGAUGGGAUGUAUAAGGACUGUUGGCACAAAUAGCAAAUGCAACUGUUCAGUUUUCAGCACUGGCUAAGAAAGGAACUGUAGUCUACAUUCUUUCUUGUUCAUGGAAUCUUCAAACAUCCUGGAUUUCUAUCAUUGGCUGCUUGCAGCUAACAUGUCAACAUUCUCUUCUGUCAUUGGCUGAACCAUAUCUGUCAGUUGAUAUUGACUCUCAGCUCCCCAUAUCAGACUGAGAAAUGUGGUGCGAAGGAAGAGAAAACCAAAAGAAGACAUCAAAGGCUUAAUGUGAGUGCUGUGUUGUGCUCCUCCUCUCUCUAAGCCAAUAGUCACCCUAUUGUAUCUUCUCUACAACCUCUCCCAUGUGAAUGACACAAACAGAAGCAAGUAGCACUAUGAGGGAGUGAUUAGCAUGGGAGAUAUCAGCACAAAUGCAACCGCUGCCCUUCUCUCUCUCUCUCAGCACAAACAUAUCAGAGGAAGAAACACACCUUAAUUGGUCAACUCAAGCUGCCCGUCAAAGAUAUCGAUGCUGCAUUGGCUGCUGGGAUUGUUAUGGAGCCGUAUUGGAUCAGUGAGCAUAUGGUGUCACUUUUCCUUAUGGUAUCUCAGUGAAACCAACAAAACAUCCCUGUUCAACUGUACUGAGCUCCCCCCUCCCUUGGCCUCUCACUGUCGCACACGCUGGACUCUACUAACAUUUGACUUUUUAUUACUAGACCCCCCCUUUCCCUCCCUCUCAUCAAAAAGCCAAGUAACACUUCCUAGACUUCCUGUCCCUUCUGGCCAGUGACUGUGAGGCUCACUCACUGACACCUAGAUAAUGUGGAUGGCAAAAGUCUGUCAAAGUCUGGGAGAGGUAAUGUAGGGCAGGGUUCCCCAACUGGCAGUGAUUUUAUUUGGCCUCCUAAGUUUUCUGAGCAAAAAAACAUAUAUAUAUAAUUAUAUAUAUAUAUAUAUAUAUAUAUAUAUAUAUAUAUAUAUAUAUAUAUAAUUCUAUAUUUUUUAAACGUUGUUGGAUAUAAACGACUAAAAACACCAGCAAAUCAGCUCCAGGUGAUUUUAAUUUUGGAAAUCUGUUCCAACGCAUAAUAGUGAAAUAGAUACAUGUGAUCGUAUACAAAUGUAAACAAGGUUUGAAAUAAUUGUUUAGGUCAAAUAUAUCUGUUUGGGCAUUUUGCAUUCAAUUGCGGUCUACAAAUUAUUUGUAAUUAUGUACUUGUCCGCUGACCAUCCGCUCAAGAAAAUGUCAGCUUGCGGCUAAAUCUAGUUGAUGAUCCCUGAUGUAGGGGUUUGUGCUGGACAGUGCAUGAUAUAUUAGCCUAAGGCAUGACAAACAGGUCAUUAUGGAACUGUUCCAGUGGUUAUGUCAACAUUUUGGCAACCACUGCCAUAGAAAUAUCAUUAAUAGAAUGUAAUUCUAUUUCUAUGUGGGGAACCAUAGAUAAAUAUUAGAGUCUUCAGUUGUGCUUCCUCAUAAGAAGGGAUUAAACUAGAGCUCUGGUCUUUUAUAUUACAGAGGUUAACAGAGUUUAUAAAAAGGAAUCUAACAGAUAAAUGGAAAUCAAUAUGAUCAAUGAUGAUGAUGUAUAUUUUUUUUAUAUAGCACCUGAAGAUAUUUUGUGGUAACACCAGUACCAUUGUGGGUUUAAUGUACAAAGUAUAAUAAAGUGUUCUAUAUAUCUUUCCAGUACCACACAUAUACCAAUGAGAUGAUUAAACACAAUUGGAAAGGGUCUGGGAAGAGUGGCGCGAACAUUGAAACUCCACACUUUGUUGUUGACCAAGCUGCAUUAUGAUUUAACAAACAUACAAAAAUAUGGGAAAUAUCCAGCUUUUAGCCAAGGUUUACAUUGGUCAGCACAUUAAUGGUCAUCCUUGUUCAAUGCGAUUGAGUUUUCAUUUGGCGUCCAUUAUCGUCUAUAUCACCCAAUAUCAUCGUCAUCGUUGUGUUUGUCAUAUUCAGACUACACUUAUUAACACACAAAGCAUUUAAUCCAAAUAAUAUCUCAACUAAAAAUGUGUUCAUCACAUAUGGUACAAACAUUCAUCUUCAAUUUAGUCGUAUAGGUCUACAAGGUUACCAUUUUACAACAUUCAAGAUGUAUCUUUAAGAGAGGAAUAGAACAUGUUUUGCUCCAGUGUGGAUGUACCAUCAUCUGUAACACAGUCAGGUGGAAAAAGCAGCUCAGGUGUAGUUUUUUUAAUUGAACCUUUAUUUAACUAGGCAAGCCAACUAAGAACAAAUUCUUAUUUACACUGACAGUCUACCACAGCCAAACCCUAACCCAGAUGAUGUUGGGCCAAUGGGACUCCCAAUAACAGCUAGCUGUGAUAUAGCUCAGAAUCGAACCAGGGUCUGUAGUGACACCUCUAGCACUGAGAUGCAGUGCCUUAGACCGCUGUAAUGACUAACACAGUAGCACAGGUGUAAUGGUUAACACAGUAGCACAGGUGUAAUGGUUAACACAGUAGCACAGGUGUAAUGGUUAACACAGUAGCACAGGUGUAAUGGUUAACACAGUACAGUAGCACAGGUGCAAUGGUUAGCACAGUAGCACAGGUGUAAUGGUUAGCACAGUAGCACAGGUGUAAUGGUUAACACAGUAGCACAGGUGUAAUGGUUAACACAGUAGCACAGGUGUAAUGGUUAACACAGUAGCACAGGUGUAAUGGUUAACACAGUAGCACAGGUGUAAUGGUUAACACAGUAGCACAGGUGUAAUGGUUAACACAGUAGCACAGGUGUAAUGGUUAACACAGUAGCACAGGUGUAAUGGUUAACACAGUAGCACAGGUGUAAUGGUUAACACAGUAGCACAGGUGUAAUGGUUAACACAGUACAGUAGCACAGGUGUAAUGGUUAACACAGUACAGUAGCACAGGUGUAAUGGUUAACACAGUACAGUAGCACAGGUGUAAUGGUUAACACAGUAGCACAGGUGUAAUGGUUAACACAGUAGCACAGGUGUAAUGGUUAACACAGUAGCACAGGUGUAAUGGUUAACACAGUACAGUAGCACAGGUAAAGUGAACUGAAAGGGACCCCAGUGUUAAUUUUGGCACUCUGUAACAGAUUUAGUCAUUUUGACUUAAAUAUCAUUAAGUCUGAUUCACAUUUUAGUAAUGAUUUAGUGUAGUUAUUGUCAAAAUCUUUGUCAACUAAAUCCAUUUUUGUCAACUUUCAUUUUAGUCAUUUUUAUUGCCUCAUUAACUUAUAGUAAACAAAUCACUGACUUCCAUGUGCACAAACAUACAUACAGUAGUAGCCUUGUUCUACUAACAUAUUUUUCUGCAUAAAAUCCUAUUCUCAUCCCAACAGCAGAAAUAUGACAAACAUAUAUAAGAAUGAUUUGGCCUCGGUCGCGUCAUUUCCAUUUAUCAACGUUCCACAGACGCCGCAGCCACAUGUCCAAAAGUAGAAUGGAGCACAGACGUCAGUUCAACGUCUAGUUUUGAUUUACAUUUGGUUCAGUUGUCAACUAGCCUGAAUUCAAUGUGAGAUCAACGUAAAAUGUCAUGUCAUUGGAUUUAAAAGUUGGGUGUAAAAAAGACAACACUUCCUUACAUUGAUGACUAUUUUCAAAUCCAAUCAGUUUUACACUGAUUCAACUUCAUCACAUUAAAUUAUUUUUGUUGAAAUGACGUGGAAACAAUGUUGAUUCAAACAGUUUUUGCCCAGUGGGUAAUGAUUUCGAACAGGAGGGAGCUAAUGACUGUUUUGCCCAGUGAUGUAGUUGAUUAAUUAAACCUCGAAACCUAAUCAAGUCCCAACUAAGUCCCCUGUGCUCGAGCCCAAGUCAUAGUCACCAAUGGUCGAGUCAGGAGUCCUGGUCCAAGUGCUCUAGUCUGAGUCACCAAUGGUCGAGUCAGGAGUCCUGGUCCAAGUGCUCUAGUCUGAGUCACCAAUGGUCGAGUCAGGAGUCCUGGUCCAAGUGCUCUAGUCUGAGUCACCAAUGGUCGAGUCAGGAGUCCUGGUCCAAGUGCUCUAGUCUGAGUCACCAAUGGUCGAGUCAGGAGUCCUGGUCCAAGUGCUCUAGUCUGAGUCACCAAUGGUCGAGUCAGGAGUCCUGGUCCAAGUGCUCAAGUCUGAGUCACCAAUGGUCGAGUCAGGAGUCCUGGUCCAAGUGCUCUAGUCUGAGUCACCAAUGGUCGAGUCAGGAGUCCUGGUCCAAGUGCUCAAGUCUGAGUCACCAAUGGUCGAGUCAGGAGUCCUGGUCCAAGUGCUCUAGUCUGAGUCACCAAUGGUCGAGUCAGGAGUCCUGGUCCAAGUGCUCAAGUCUGAGUCACCAAUGGUCGAGUCAGGAGUCCUGGUCCAAGUGCUCUAGUCUGAGUCACCAAUGGUCGAGUCACGAGUCCUGGUCCAAGUGCUCAAGUCUGAGUCACCAAUGGUCGAGUCCUGGUCCAAGUGCUCAAGUCUGAGUCACUGGCUCCACUCAAAAUAAAGCUAUUUACCCAGUCAGAGGUAGUGUCAAGAUGAAUUUAUUCAAUAAAUUGUUUGCUAUUCCUUUUCCUUUCUAUCUAUGCCACCAAAUGUUUGCAUAGGCUACUGGUAAUGUUACCAGGGUCACGUUCAGUUGCAAAACAUGUUGAACGUUGCAGAUAGAAAUCCCAGGAAUAGAGCCAACGUUAUUCCUUAUUCAACAUGUCAGAUAGGCAUGUUUGUUCUACAUAGCACAUUUCUAUCAGAGCGUUCCGUCCUACUGAACACGGCCCAGGUUGUUAGCUAUAACUAGCUAAUGAGGUAACAUGACUGAACAAAGUGUAGUCUAAAUAGACGGUUACUUGUCCGGCCCUAGUUUUAGAACAGAUAUGCUUUAUGAAUGUUAAAUGCUCCCCGCCGAUGCAUGAUAGAAAGAAAAGACGUAGCGUCGGUAUUAUGGUUCAAACCUUUAGAGCGGUAAUCUCAAGACGUUUUCUUAAACCGUGUCUUUUUACUGCAGUCUGAACAGGCAAAAACCACAAUGGAAUCUGAUAAUUCAAGCCACAUUUCAAACCAACUUCGUAGAUGGCUUGAAGUCAGAUACAAAUCUGAUUCCUGGUCAAGUCACUUGUGUCUGAAUGGGAAAAUCAGAUUUAUUUGCCCUCAAGUGGUUUUGAAAGUUGGAUAAUAUUUUCCUUUGAGGCUAUAAAGUGUUCCUACACUAUGAUUUUGAACAUUCAAAGCAACUGGGAAACAUUCUACAUAACUUCUGAGUGAUGAGGAAUCAUGAACACCACCACAGAUCAGUUCUAAAAACUAUUGUUCAGUCCCACUUAGUAGUCAGACUUGAGAUCAUUUAGUCUCGUCUUGUUUUAGGCAACUGAAAUAUAUUUUUUUGUUUAGUUAUAGUUUUUUUCUGGUCUAUUUAGUCAGUUAUAGUCUAGUCAACUGCCACUGAAAAAGUAGGUGUUUGACAAGUAUUUGAGUCCUUAUUUUUGUUGACUAAAGUAACUGUGACGAACCCUCGGUGAAAGCACAGUGCACUCUGGAUACCCCUUUCCACAUUUCUCACUUUUCUUCAUAACCCCAUAAUAACAAUUUUCUGUGUAAAUACAGUCAGUAUCUAACUGAAAAUGACAUACAGGUAACUGCCAAAAUAAAGGAAACACUUGUGUAAAUGAGGGAUACAAAGUAUAUUGAAAGUAGGUGCUUCCACACAGGUGUGAGUCUUGAGUUAAUUAAGCAAUUAACAUCCCAUCAUGCGUAGAGUCAUGUAUAAAAAUGCUGGGCAGUCCAUUAUUUUGGCUACCAUGGCUAUGCCCCCCCCCCCCCCAUAGGAUUACAAGGCCCUGGCCACAGGGCACAAGUGAUCACUGAAUGGUUUGAUGAGCAUGAAAACCAGAUCUCAACCCAAUUUAACACUUAUGGUAGAUUGUGGAGCGGUGCCUGAGACAACAUUUUCCACGACCAACAAAACAACAGCGUUUUCCCUCCAAUAGAGUUCCAAACACUUGUAGAAUCUAUGCCAAUGUGCAUUGAAGCUGUUCUGGCUUGUGGAGGCACCACACCCUAUUAAGACUUUGUUGGUGUUUCCUUAAUUUUGGCAGUUACUUCUACAUUGAGUGACAUUCUAGUCCUUUACUCAGACCAAAAUAUAUAUUUCAAAUGUAGCCACUGCGACUAGACCAAAGCAACGUAACACGUUUGUUUGUAUUUGUCUUGUUUCUUUUCUUCCUUAGUGAGCAUAAGUAUACAAUUAUAUUUUAGUUUGUUUAGGUGUUCUGUUCCUUUAUUAAUCCAUGGUGUUUGUAGUCAUUCAUGUAUAUUUUCAUGCUGUAAAUUUAUUGUACAAAAGUAUGUUUGUUUUUAAUUAAAGAUACAAAAUGUCA